CACCCAAGAGUGGGAAAAUCGGCCAGACCUGACCAAAUGCAUGGUACCAAUUGUUCCCAAUUAUCCCCAUGCACCAAAUAUAUCCAUCACGCCCGCUCAUGAAAAGUCCACCCAAGCGGAGAACGAGACAUCCCAAAUUCAACUUUUAAAGUCUCAUGCCAACUGUGGUCCUUCCCUUCUGAGUUAAAUUCAAGUCUAUGGUUCGAAUUUGGCUCUUGGUCGUCCUGAUACGUCUCGUAAGUGUGAAGUGAGCGUUCCUGGAGCAGUUCCACAAUACACGGUGUGUCUGUCCUUUCUCCUGAGUGUCUCACCGUCUGUCCAGUGAAGGUCCCAGGAUCCUGUGGGUGUGGGUGUGUGUCCCUCAUUCAUUCAGUCCCAUCUUGACAUCUUGAAGCCCGGACCCAGAACACGCACGAGAAGAAGAGAUUCCUCAAAAUGUGACGGUGACUUGAGUGGAGCGAAAUCAGUGCCGUGCUUUAAAAGCCACUUCUUGGUUGUGCGGCUGGCCCAACCUCGACCCCGAGGACCCCGAGGACCCUGAGGACCCUGUGGGUAGUCAAGGGCAUAUCUGAAUGAGAUAGAUCAUGAAUCGAGGACAAGAAAGGGUCCCGCCUUCCCAUCAGCAACAACAUCAUCAACAGCAGCAGCAUCAACAACAACAACAACAACGACAACAACAACAACGUCAACAACAGCAGCAACAACAACAGCAGCAGUAUCAACAACAGCAACAUUUGCAGCCCUUGCCCGCCUAUUCCAAUUCCAAUGCGGCUCAAUUGGGCGGGGGUCUGCCCUUGACCCCGGUUCCUGGCACGCCCGUGGGCAACAUCCCCCGCUCCAUGGCCUCUAGCUCCAUGGGCGGGGGAGUGGGCGUGACCAUGAGUCAUCACAUCAUGCCUCAUCCCGCACCCAGAUCCUCUCGGAUGCAGCUGAAACACCCUCCUCCCUCCAAAUACGCCCAAUACGCCAAUCUCAGUGGGAGUGAAACCGACGUGUCCACCUCCACCGAGAAUCUGACGCAAGAAGAGCGUUACCUGCUCCGCCAUAUGGAGCGAGAAGAGCCUCAAGGGGAGGAAAAUGGCGACCCUAUGGCUCUGUUGCACAGCCGAGGGGUGGGCUCGUUCCUCUCCGGCGCCUCAGCCGCCAUUGGGCCGGUGUCUGACUCCCAGAUGUUGGCCUUGAUGCAGCUCAGACACGCCUCCUCCUCACGAGUAGCCACCUCUCGUGGGUUGUUGGACUCGCCCAGUGGGUUCACGCCCACUUCUUAUGACUCUAGAUCUUCACUCCAAGACGAGAUCAUGGCGGCCAAAAUCGCGGCCUUGACUCAUGGCACGCCCGUGGGCAGUGGGAGUGGCCCGAGCACGCCGAAUAGCUCCUCGAUGAGCAUGAAUAAACUGAAUCCUUCGGUGUACUCCCAUCCCAACAAUCAGGAUCCGCUCUUGGCCAAUCCGAAGAACUAUUUCCCGGUUCUGGGAGGGCGGAAACCGGCCGUGGAAUACACCUCGAGUGGGGCGUUUUUCGAUCCCAAGGCUGUGAAUAAAGGGAAACCUUCGGAUCGACCUUCAUCCGACAUCAUCUCUCAACUCACACGGGAAAUGAAACGACAACAACAAUUGGACCCAUCAUCGGCCAAUGCGAUUUUCUCGGAGAGCUCCGAUCUGAGCUCACAUGGAGGCUCCAACACUCAACUCCACAAAGUGUCUCACACCACGAAUCCCACCUCCAUCAAUAACAGCAAUAUCAUCCACACUAGCAUUAGCAACAGUAGCAAUAACCAGUUGGUGGCGACGAGAACAACGAGUGCCUCGUCUUCAUCGGGUUACAAAUCGGAUAACUCCGAGUCCAAAGAACCGGUGAUUGAGCAUUUCCAGAAGCGAAACAAUACACGCUUGGGGGUGAAUGCUCCCAUGGGUUCGAACACCUCUUCCACCGGAUCAGUGGCCUCGAUGCUCACCCGAGGGAAACGGGCCCCGGAUAAACUCACGAUCUUGUCGAGAUCUCAACCGGAUUUGUACUCUUCCGUGGAGAAUUCCGAGCUCAAGCAACAACAGCAAGAGCUGUUGUUGCUGCAACAAGAAGAACAACGAUUGAUCCAAAAGCACAAGCAAUCCCGAGAAUUGGCCCGACAGAAGGAAGAAAGUCAUGAGUCUCAGGGCGUCUUGCAAGGGCCAAUCAAUGCACCUCCUACUCCUGCUCCUCCUCAAGGCAAUGGAGCCGUCAAUUAUUUGAAGAUGAUUGAAGCCCUGCAGAAUGAGAACCGUGAUUUGAGAGGGGAACUUACAGAGAUGGUGAAGAAGGUGUCCAAAGUGAGUCUUUUGGAGCAGGAGGUCACCAAGAUUCAUGCAGCCUACCAAUCAUUGUUGAAACACUCGGAAAAACGGGAGGCCUUAGAGAAGGCCGCCAGACAGAAACUUCAGACCGUGAUUAUCAACCUCUCCGAUGUGAACAAGGAUCUCACGGAGAGACAUGAGGCCAUUAUGGGACAGUUAAUGUCGGGCGAUCCUAAGAAUCAAAAUAUUCCGGGUCUGGACAAUAUCCUGAGGGGCGAGAUCGCUCGAAAGGACGCCCUGAUCGCUCAACUCAUGGGUCAGAAUAAGAUGCUCAUCACCACCAAAGAAAGGCAAGACAUCGAGGUCACGGCUCAACAAGAAACGCUAGAGGAACAACGAUCUCACAUUCAGAUUCUGGACACGGCUUUGUCCAAUGCCCAAGCACAAGUUCUCAGGUUGGAGGAGGAUAAUCGAGUGAAAGAAGGCUACGCUGAAAGAGUCAAACAGAUGACCAGAUCCUUAGAGCAACUCCAAGCGGCAUCGGAGAAACGUGAAGCAAUGGAAAAAAAGUUGAGGGCCAAAUUGGAAGACGAACUGCGAGAAUAUCGCGAAGCCGAGCGACUCAACGAGCGAAGAUUCACGAAUCUCGGUGAUCAAGACGUGGAGGACCUCAACAUUAAACUCAGUCAAGCGGAAGAGAAGAUCAUCCGAUUGGAAUCCGAGCGAACUCAGUGGGAGCAACGCUAUUUGGAGGAGUCAGCCAUGCGGCAAGUGGCCAUUGAUGCGGCUUCCAUCCCCAAAGAUGCCCGUAUUGCGGCUUUGGAGAAGAACUCGGCCGAGUCGGAGAAGUUCAUCGCGGAAGCUAGAUCUGAGAAACUCAAACAGUUCGAGGAGAUGCAGAAUUCACAAAGGAGAUUAGCCGAUCUGGAGAAUCACAUCAAGACCCUGGAGAUCACCAUCGCCGAACAGAGCGGCCUGCUCAGGAUUGCCCAAAGCAAUCAAACAUUACUGGAGAGCCGAAACCUUCUCAGUAGUGGGCGAAGUGCCACUCCCACAAACCAACAUCUGAUGGCUCACCAACAACAGCUCUCCUUACCCACGUUGAAAAGUCAAUCCUUGUCACUCCACGCCUCGCCCACUCACUUGCUCCAUGCUCGCCAGUUGUCCCAUCUGACCACGCCCUCGGCGAGCCACGCACACUCGCUUGCCAACAGCCCCGUGGCGAGUCACGGCAAGCAGUUGUCCACGCCGGCUUUGGGCUACAGCUCGGCUCCCAUUACUUUGAGUCGGCCCAUGGUGGGAGUGAGCCACGCCUCCUCCCGGACAUUGGCCGCACUGAUAGCCCAGGAGACGGGGUAUGGUCAGCACCAGCAGCAACAACAGCAACAUGAAUUGAGCCGGCAUUUGAAUGCCACACCCACUCGGUCCCUUUUGCACCAAAGUGAGGAGCAAAUGCUUCUGAAGCCCACCGCUCGACACUUGCCUGGACUCCAUUUGUCUACUCGUGAUUUGUUGAGGUCGGCCACGCCCUCAGCCGAGCUCAUGAGGUCAGUCACGCCCCUGCAGGUGGAUAUCAAUACGGGUAGAAGAGACUCGGCUCCGGGAGACGUCCUCGCACAUACAUUUAAUAUCCACUCUAGUGUCUCACCAGGUUCCACUCGGAUGAAUAGCUCUGAAGUCAUUCAUUCGGAGUACCACACCCUUUCGAGGCCAAUCUCAUCAUUGGUUGUGUCGGUCGCGGCUUCCUCCGCUCCCAACAAUCACCAGAACACGCCUGUUUACUCCAGUGGGAUGACUGUCACAGGAGGAGGCACCAUGCCCGGCAAAAUCUCCAUGGCAGCCCUGAGAGAAAGUGCCAUGAACAAGUCGAGUAGCAAAUACACGGGUGUACAUAAUCCUCAACCGCACCACCCACAAAGUCCUCAGACACACGCCAAAUCGCCACGGCAUCGCCAUCAGAACUCGGCCCCUUCCUCCACCCCAUUCCCUGUGCCGCCUCCUCGACAAAGUCAAAGUCACACCCACCACCAGCAGCAGCAGCGAAAUCAUCAACAGCAACAACAGCAGCCACACCAUCAUAAUCAUCCUGUGCCUCCAGCCCCAGCCCCUGCCCCUGGAUUCGGCGGAGGUAGUGCCCACUAUCAGACCGGUCACAGCUUCAUUGAUGACUCGAUUGACUCGAUCAUGGGACCGCUUACCUCCACCCACAUUGACAGUCAGAGUCCCAAUCAUUCCGUCAGACACGACCAUCAACACCACCCACACCAACCCCAUCAUCACGCACUCGAUGGAUCCAAUACCUAUAUGGAAGUUUGGGACAUUUAAAGCCAAUGGAGGGUUGCUCCCACACAAACCCAUUUGCAUACAAUAGUAUCAGAUGUAUCAAAAUCUCCACCCUAGUUACCUUCGCUUCUUUGCCUGCACAAUUGUACCAAAUUGUACCCUCACUUUGCCUUACUACCUAACCAUGCUCUUAUUCUCUUAAGGUGAUUCUACAUAGGUCCAUGUGAGCGGAAGCUAAAGAGAUAUCUGAAUGAUUACCAAAAAGGUUUCGCUGGAGAAUGAUGAAUUAAUAGUUAGGGCGACUAAACCCUGGGUUUUUUUUGUUUCUCUAAAUUUGGAAAGCUUUAUCAUGACCUGUGUAGAAUAACCUUAAUGCAACGAAUUGAAUCAGUACCACGCACCACUUGCUUCGGAAACACGAAAGUUGCAAAAAAUCUGAUCUUUCCCGCACUUGUUGAGAAAAAAAACAAAUCUGAAUUGUUAUCUCAUAUGCCACUAAAUAGUUCGUAGAAGAGCAAUGCAAUCCUGAACGAGCAUUCGGAUUUGUCACCAGAUCUGAAUGCUGAUGAUAUCACCCAGAUCUGCAAUAUUUGUGCCUAAAUUUCAAGACGCACGCUGUCGCAAAAGAAGCCAUAAUACCCAUGUCAGCCCUAGUCAUAUGAAUCCAUAAAAUACCACUAUUUGAGACCUAUCACUAUAAUUAUAUCUAUCCCAUGUUGAACUAGUCAGUUGAAAGGGGUUAGCCCAAUCAACCCUGAAUAUCUUGCGAAAAAAAGUAACUUAUAUCCUCGCCCUAAUAUUGCCAUAUUUGCCACUAUGAAGUCAUCAUCCUCGUUCCAUGAAAUACAACGGACCUUCAUAGCCAAA